AUGUGUACUCGCGGGUUUACGAACAAAUCACAUGUCUCCUUUUUUCCUCUCUACUGUUUAAACUACUCCCGUGCUUGGACAGCAAGAACUUUGCCAAACUGGCCUGCAGUUAAUUUAUCUCAAACGUUUGGAGUAAUUAAUCCGAUGACCACUAUAUUAACUAGCAUAACUAAACCCGUUGUACAACUAUAUGAUUGUGUAAAUUUGUCAAAUGUGAACUCUUCUUUGUUUUUACUGGAUAAUUUGUUUUCCUCCUGUAUUAAGAUAAACACGAUCAAUGAAAUCCGUCAAAAUGGUCAUAUUUUCCUUUGGUUGUUUCACAUCUCCAAGCUGAUUGAAUGCUUGGAUACCGUAUUCUUCAUCUUGUCCGGUAAAUUACGACUGGUCACCUGGCUUCACGUUUACCACCAUUCAACUAUGAUUCCGUACACGUGGGUUUUGGCCAAAUGGAUCCCCGGUAGUCAAGCGUUCAAUCUGGUUUUGACGAACGGGAGCGUCCACGUAGUCAUGUACACAUAUUAUGCGUUAGCUGCCCUGGGACCGGCAUGGCGGAAGUACCUCUGGUGGAAACGAUACCUGACAAUUCUACAAAUGGUAAGACUUAGAAUUUAUACCCUUAUUUGGAAACAUUGUGCUUUAUCAUUAAGCUCGACACAUUGGAAUGUUUCAGAAGAAAUAACGGGCUGCCAGCUUACUAUUUGA